AUGGUAGAUUUACCUGUCAUCAAUACACCCCGCCGUAAUAUCACUCUUGCAGUGUACUAUGACUCUGACUCUACAGAGAUUGAAUUCACAGAUGUGUCUAUUUAUGACCACCUUCGUCGGAUCAUUGCCAAAGAUGAAAUACUCAAUAUUCCAGUUGGAUUUAAUAUAAGAUUAUUUCUUACACCACAAUCCAACAAUAAUAAUGAUAUUAGGGUUUCAGUUGAUCCAUUGUCUCCAAUCACUCUUACCAAUGGUGACAAAAUCUAUGUUGAUAUUGGAGAUACCAAUUACCUACAAAUGGUUUUAGAAAAGAAUAAAGAAUUAGAAAAAGAAGUAAAGAAAUUAAAGGAAAUAAAUGAAACACUUCAAGAAGCAUAUAUGGAGGCACGUUUACAUAGGAUGAAGUUAUAA